GUAUCUCGAUCUCAGUGAUAAUUAUCUUGAUGGGAAAAUCCCUUCUCAACUUGGAAAUUUGUCACAGUUGAGACACCUUGGUCUCAGUGGUAAUUCAUUUUCUGGAGCACUCCCUUUCCAGGUUAGGAAUCUUCCUUACUUGCAAACUCUUACACUUACUAGUGAUUUUGAUGUCAAACCUAAGGAUGCAGACUGGCUGUCUAGUCUCUCUUCCCUAACACAUCUUGCCAUCGAUGGUUUACAUAACCCUGACUGGUUGCAUAUGAUUCAUUAUCCAAAGCUAGGAGAGUUGAGACUUGUUGAUUGUUCUCUUUCAGAUAUCCAUAUUCAUUCUCUAUUUUAUUCACCUUCCAACUUUUCCAAUGCUCUUACCAUCCUUGACCUUUCUUCUAAUAUACUCACUUCCUCAACAUUUCAAUUAUUGUCUAACUUUAGCCUUAAUCUUCAAGAGCUUUAUCUUUCUCAUAAUAACAUUGUUUUGUCAUCAUCCGUCCACUCAACCUUUUCUUCUCUUGCGAUCCUUGACCUUUCCUAUAAUAAGAUGACAUCAUCGGUCUUUCAAGAUAGCUUCAACUUCAGUUCAAAACUUCAAAAUCUUUAUUUGCGUAAUUGUAGUCUUAGGGAUGAUAGUUUUCUCAUGUCAGCUAUUUCAAUUACGAAUUCUCCGUCUUCUCUCAUCUACCUUGAUCUUUCCUUUAAUAUGUUUAAAUCAUCAUCCAUAUUUUAUUGGCUCUUCAACUCUUCUACCAAUCUUCGUACACUUAACAUUGUUGAUAACGUGUUAGAAGGUCCCAUUCCAGAUGGAUUUGGGAAAGUAAUGAAUUAUCUUGAAGUUCUUUACCUCGAUGGUAACAAACUGCAAGGCGAGAUUCCAUCUUUCUUUGGGAACGUCUGCACAUUGCAGACUUUAUACCUCUCACAUAACAAGUUGAGUGGGGAAAUUUCUAAUUUCUUUCAGAAUUCAUCAUGGUGCAACAGACACGUGUUUCAGAGUUUGUCUUUACAUUAUAACAACAUUACAGGCAGGCUACCUAUGAGCAUUGGAUUGUUAUCUGAGUUGGAGAACUUGUCCUUGGAUGGAAAUUUCUUGGAGGGUGACGUCACUGAAUCCCAUCUUUCAAAUUUUUCCAAAUUAAGAAAUAAUCUGAGAGGAGAAAUUCCUUGUGGGAUCGGGAGUUUAAGAUCACUAGACUCCCUUGAUUUAUCAAGAAAUCAUUUCAUUGGCAAAAUUCCUUCUUCUCUUGCUGCAAUUGACGGUCUGGGCAAACUAGACUUGUUACACAAUUCUCUUUCAGGAAGAAUUCCAUGUGGAAGAUACUUUGAAAUCUUUGAUGGGUCUAGUUUUGAAGGAAACAUUGAUCUUUGUAGUGAACAACUGAGAAAAAGUUGUCCUGGAGAUAUAGAUCAAACAAUAGUAAAUCUUUCAAAAGCUGAAGCAAUCAACGAUGAUAAAGAUAGUUGUUUCUAUGAGGCAUUAUACAUGAGCAUGGGAAUCGGAUACUUCACUGGAUUUUGGAGUUUAGUAGGGCCAAUGCUACUUUGGCGAUCUUGGAGAAAUGCUUAUCUGAGAUUCUUAAAUAAAUUGACAGACAGCAUAUAUGAUCAAUUAAUGUGA